GGGCUCCCUGCAUCCCCAGAGUCUUCCUGUCCUCUGCGCCCGUUGAAGCCAUGGACUAGAGCUGCUUCUGGCGUUGACAGUGCUGUGGUCUUCAGAUGGCUCCUCAACAAGCAUCAGCCAAUGUGCAGAACAUGAGAACGUGAAGGCUGGCGUCCACCAAGGCCACCGCUGCACCCCCCUGGGCAGCGCACACACAUGAUCACAUGACUCUGGACAUGGACGCGGUCCUGUCAGACUUUGUUCGGUCCACGGGGGCGGAACCUGGUCUGGCAAGGGACCUGCUGGAAGGUAAAAACUGGGACCUCAGUGCCGCUCUGAAUGACUAUGAGGAGCUCAGGCAGGUCCACACUGCCAACCUGCCGCAGGUCUUCAACGAGGGCCGCUACUACAAGCAGCCAGAGGCGCGUGACACGCCCACCCAUGUCAGCAAGAUCGACAAGCCGUGCGCGCAGAAGCAGGAGGACAGCGCGCAAGAGAAGCGCCUGUCCCGCGGGAUCUCCCACGCCAGCUCUGCUAUUGUCUCCUUGGCACGGCUGCAGGUGGCCAGCGAGUGCACCAGCGAGCAGUUCCCUCUCGAGAUGCCCAUUUACACAUUCCAGCUGCCAGACCUCAGCGUCUACAGCGAGGACUUCAGGAGCUUCAUAGAGAGGGAUCUGAUAGAGCAGUCCACCAUGAUGGCUCUGGAACAGGCUGGUCGCCUGAACUGGUGGUCCACCAUGUGCACCAGCUGUAAGAAGCUGCUCCCUCUGGCCACCACAGGGGACGGGAACUGCCUUCUGCACGCCGCCUCUUUGGGGAUGUGGGGCUUCCACGACAGAGACCUGAUGCUGAGGAAAUCUCUGUACACCAUGAUGAAAAGUGGAGCAGAGAGGGAUGCUCUGAAGAGGAGGUGGAGGUGGCAGCAAACCCAGCAGAACAAGGAGUCAGGGCUGGUGUACACUGAGGAGGAGUGGGAGCGAGAAUGGAACGAGCUGCUGAAGUUGGCCUCCAGUGAGCCUCGCACGCACCUCAGCAAGAACGGAAACACUAGCGGAGGGGUGGACAACUCUGAGGAUCCAGUGUAUGAGAGUUUGGAGGAGUUCCAUGUGUUUGUGCUGGCUCACGUGUUACGCAGGCCCAUUGUGGUGGUGGCUGACACCAUGCUCCGAGACUCAGGAGGAGAAGCUUUUGCCCCGAUCCCGUUCGGAGGGCUCUACCUGCCGCUGGAGGUGCCUCCCAGCCGCUGCCACUGCUCGCCUCUGGUCCUGGCCUACGAUCAAGCCCACUUCUCCGCCCUGGUGUCCAUGGAGCAGAGAGACCAGCAGCGAGAGCAAGCUGUCAUCCCUCUGACCGACUCCGAGCACAAGCUGCUGGCACUCCAUUUUGCCGUGGACCCGGGCAAGGACUGGGAGUGGGGGAGGGACGACAACGAUAAUACCAAGCUAGCCAAUCUCAUCUUGUCUCUGGAGGCCAAACUCAACUUGCUGCACAACUACAUGAAUGUAACGUGGAUCCGAAUCCCAUCUGAAACAAGGGCUCCCCUGGCUCAGCCAGAGUCGCCCACGGCCUCUGCGGGUGAGGACGUCCAGUCUUUAGCUGAGUCCAUGGACUCAGACCGCGAGUCUGUCGGCAGCAACUCUAACGUAAACACCGGCAAGCCCGGCAAGGAGAAGGACAAAGACAAGCAGCGCAAAGACAAGGACAAGAGCCGGGCUGAUUCGGUGGCCAACAAACUGGGCAGCUUCAGCAAAACUCUCGGUAUCAAGCUGAAGAAGAACAUGGGAGGCUUGGGCGGGCUUGUGCACGGCAAAAUGAACAAAUCGAACUCUGGCUCAGGUCGUAACGGGGAGAACGGGGGAGAAAAGACAAAAAAGAAGGAGUCGAAAUCAACCAAGGGAAGCAAAGAGGAGUCCGGCCAUUCUACCAGCUCCACCUCCUCUGAGAAGACCACCACUCCCUCCCCUACGGAUGGAGACAGACCGUCCAGCUCGUCCCCGACCGAGAGGCUGGACAGCGCAGGGCGGGGCUCAGGGGACAAAACCCUGGAAAACUGGAAGUACAGCACAGAUGUCAAGCUCAGCCUCAACAUCCUGCGGGCCGCCAUGCAGGGGGAGCGCAAGUUCAUUUUCGCAGGGCUCCUGCUCACCAGCCACCGGCACCAGUUCCACGAGGAGAUGAUCAGCUACUACCUGACCAACGCCCAGGAGCGCUUCAGUCAGGAGCAGGAGCAGAAGAGGAAGGAGGCCGAGAAGAAGCCCCCCCCCGCCGCCAGCGAGCCGGCGGCCAAGAAGCCCGAGCAUGACGGCGCCUUCCAGAGGGAGCGAUCGGACAGCUCGCCUCCGGAAAGCUGCUCCCCCGUCCUGCCCCACCACGCCUACAGCAGCCCGCAGCCCCUGCUGGCCCUCAAGACGCAGGGCAGGAACAGCCCCACGCCGGCCGCCGCGCUCGUCCCCGUCCCGGUCCCUCCUCUCACCCCCCCGACGGCCCCGCACCACGCCUCCCACCCGGCCCCGCCCCCCGCGCCUUACUCCUCCCCCAGCAUCGGUGCUAAGAGAACCGGGCCGGUUCCCGUGUCCGCCCACUACAGCCAUACGCCGCCCAUCCAGAGACACAGCGUGAUCCACUUACAAGAUGUCAACAUGCAAUCCUCCAUCUUCCAGGAUGAACCCUACAAGCCUAUGGUGGGCACCCUAAAGACGUGCGCCACCUACCCCCAGCAGAACCGCACGCUCUCGUCCCAGAGCUACAGCCCGGCGCGCCUGUCCGGGGUCCGCACUGUUAACACCAUGGACACCCUGGCCUACAACAUGCCCGGCGAACACAAGUCCCACACCUACACCAACGGAUUCAACGCGGGAGACAUUCAGGACUGCCUUGAGUUUGCGGACGAGGACAACUCGUCUCACACCUGGCUCAACCAAGACAAAACCAAAGGGCGGAGCUCUGGAAGCCCUUUGUACUGCUUUCAGCAGCGCCGCUGCAAAAGGGAGAACUGCUCUUUCUACGGGAGGCCCGAGACAGACAACUACUGCUCGUACUGCUACAGAGAGGAGCUCAAACGCAGGGAGAGGGAGAGCAAACUGCAGAGGCCCGUAUAGCUAUCACCACCACUUCAGCCACCACACGGCCGCAGGAGGGAACAACACCAUCCGCACUCUGAAUUUCCACCAUGGCCAACAUUACCCAUUCGGUUGAAGAAUGCUUGUGUGUUGCCGCCACCUUCCCUUGUCGGUAAAGAUGACUUUAUGACGGGGGAAGCAGAACUGGAAACAGGGAGCAGCUUUGGCCAGAUAUUUUCGUCAACUUCUGUCCCAUUGAAUUUAGUCUUUUACUUGUUUUAAAGUAAAAGUCAUCUCCACGUGAUGUAAUUUUCUGUAUGUGAAGGAAAGUUCUUUAUUUUUUGAAGUACAAAAAAAAAAAAGAAUGCAUCAUCAUCAGGAAGGAACAUUUUAGCCCUUUUAAUCAGUUUGAAUGCAAUACCUCUGCCUGGUUCUUCAAAAUGUCUGUGGGAAAUUUGUAGUUGUUUUGCAAUCAAAGGAAAUUUGAAGGGGGAUUAGUAUUAGACUUUAAAGCAAUAAAUUGGUGAUUUUUGCUACACUCUCUCCCAAUUUUGUCUAUGCACCGAUAAUAUAAUUUCUGUGGGUUAACUGUGUCUUGUAAAUUAUAAAAGAAUGUCACAGUGUGUUUUUGUAAACAAAUUUGAACUACAGGAAUUAAAAUGUGUGAGCAUUAUAGAUUGUACUGUUGGAUUAGGAUGAAGUGUUGAACUGUCAUUUGUUAAGUGUACCUUCGUUCUUGCCAUGUUGAGAGGGUGUCGGAAUUGGACCUACAAUAUUGACAUCUAUCUCUUUUGCCCAUAGUUGACCUCCUGAAGUCCACAAACACUGCCAAGCUGGCUUCUUUACCAAAAAAACUAAACAAUUACUGUCCAAAUUUUCAGAUUAUUUCUGUGCCAAACACGGAACAACAUGGAUAAGAUGAGUUUCCUCUCAGAUAUGCAGUGUUUGUUCAUGGUGUGCUUCUUUGAGUUGCCUGUCAACAACUCUACCCCGUAAAUGUGUUAGAUGAGACAAACUGUGAGUGGUGGGAGCAGGGUGAUCUGUAUUCGUCUAAAGUGUUAUUACUUGUCUCUCCCCCAACGCACACAUACACACACGCACCAAACAAUGUGCAAUCAUGCUAACAGCACCGUGUGGUGACCUGCAGUAUAAACGUGUCACCUAUCCAGUGUGAGAUUGUUCUUCUUCCGUAUCUAGAGGCCGCUAAAAGAAGCACCUGCUGCUACGAGCACCUCAAGCCUUUGUGAUCAUCAGUGCUUUAACCAAUCAGUGGGAUUUUCAAAAAAAUACCCAGGCCUCCAAGUGCUUUCUGCUCAUUUGACAUGACUACUGUAAAAGACGCAGUGUUUGUGUUGCUGUCUGUUCUGGUGAUGCUUGGAUAAUGUACCAUGCUGUCCGUCAGUGUGUCCUGGCCAAGGAUGUCCACUGCUCCCUCAGUUUGCUUCUGUCUCUCUCCUGUACACACUGCGGUGUUGCUCCUCUUUGUUUCUAUGUGACUAGUUCAUGGACUCUCACCAUGUUAGGACUGUAAGAUAUGAUUUUGUUUUCCUUUAAGAGUUUUACACUACUUUAAAUUAUUGAUUUGCACAUUAGGUACAGAUGUAAAUAUGAAAAAAAAAUAGUUUAUU